ACUAUCUUCCCCUCGCCUUUCCCGCCGGAAACCCUCGCCGUCGUCCCUUACCCUCUCCCGGUUCGCCUCAAUCCAUCGCCUUCAUGACCAAAAGCUCGCGGUACAGGCGCGGUUAGCUAGCUGGGAAGGCAACGACGGGAUCGCGGCGACAAAGCUCCCAAACUUCCUUCUUUCUCCUCCUCGCUCUCCUACCAUAAACCAUUGAGGAAGAAAACCCUCGUCUUUCUCCACGCCUUAGCGCGCUUCAGCUUCUUUAAAUCCGUAAAUUUAAGGCCAAACGGAGGAAAAGAUGGCUUUUUUGCUGUUGGACGUGAUUUUUAGGUUAAAUCCUGCUCAAAUCCUGGCACCAAACGGCCCAUUACUCUUUGGCGGAAUUUAGUUUGCAUACGGUCACCGAGCAGCCCCUAAAUCCUCUUGUCUCGCUCCCUCAUGCUUAUUGGGACGUCAAGUUGCUCUGUAAUGGCGUGCUCCAAUUCUACUGUCCCCGCAAAAUCCCGUAUCAAGCGGAGAAAACUCCCACCAGUGUUUUCUGAAGAGCAGCCGCAACCGCAAGAAGAAGAUCGAGAUGAGGGUAGAGACCUGAAGAAGAUCAAGCUUUGCAACACCUGGGAGAACCUUGAUCUCAUUCUUACUUUACAAAGCAGAGAAAUUAAUCUGCAAAGGAAGAUCGAGGCUUCUUUUGAUUUUGCAAAUUCGGAAGCCAGCAACGGUGAUGGGAAGAUGCAGCCCGUUUCUUUUACACGGGCACUGCACUAUGUUUUCGAUUGGAUGCAGUCGCUUUUGAUGUCUACAGACCGAAACAGGAAAAACGGCGAGCCUUUGGAUCCUUGCCUGGACUACAGAUGCUGGGCCGUAAUCAGAUCCUGCUCAGAGAAGUUUUCAGCGGGACCCUCCCCCAAUUUAUUAAGAGCUGUAGCGCCUGUUUUGAAGCAAGCAUUGUUCUUAUUGGACUCUAACUUUUUAUUAGGAGUAGAAUCCAACCAACUAUUUGAGAAUGCUUUGCAGUGCCUCUCCUCAUUGCUUGCUUCAAAAUCAAGAGCUUUUUACAAUGUGGGCAUGGAUUUAUGGAUUUCAUGUGUUGUUGAUGUUCUUAAUAUUAUCGGUAAAGUUUCGAGCAGAGAAAAACAGGCAUCUUUGGUGGCUAAAGUCCUUUUGGAUCUGUCAGCACUUUUGCUUGAUCACUUUUCUAGUUUUCUGAGAUUCCAUCCAAACCCAAAGAACAUAUUCUGUGUUUUUGUAGAGAGGCUACUCGAACAGUUGUUCGAGGUGUUUGUUCUAUUGCGGCUGAGAACCAAAGAUAGUUGUUUUGAACAAUUUGCAAGCAUGCUGAAGAUUGUUGAAGAUGUUAUGUUGAACGGCUUGUUUCAUCCUUCUCAUAUUAGUGGUUUUUUAAGCUCAAGGAGUUCAACUGUGGGGCAGGAGGUGAAAUCUAGAGGUGCUAACGAGAGUUAUCAUAGGCACUUAUUCAACAAACUGGAGAAAUUUAUACAAGAGAAAAAGAUAACGGCAUUGGGUGGAUUUGCAUGCUUGCUCCGUUUGUUUGCUGGCAAAGCCAAGGGUCAGCAAGAUGGUUCUUUGUCAUUUAGAGGACAUCAGGUAUUGAAAAAAGGUAAUGCGGUCUCUGGAGAUGCUCAGGAAGCAGUUUUACCUCUUUUUGAAGUAUUUAUGCAAUUUAUGAAACCUCUGUUGCGAGAGUGUAAAAAUUGUGCAGAGGAGUUAUCCAUAGUGUCAGGGGUCUCAGAACACAGGUUGAUAGAAUUGCAUUGCUUGCUCAGAUCUGUGAAUGAGAUUCUUGAAAGUUUCAUACAGGAGAAAAUAUAUGUCCGCACAGAAGACACGCCUGAAGGAAAGCAUUAUUAUUUUCUGAAAGAAAUUUAUGAUGCGUUUUAUUCUAUUUCAAUAAAGUUGCACUUUUUUUGGAUGUCUGAAUUGGAAAUGUGUGAUGAAGUAAAAAAGAUGCUUCCUUUGAUUCGAAGGGAGGUUGUUGUAGGUGUUGGUUGCUUUUUGGAAAUUGAAUACCGGGUUUUUGGGGAUGAUCUUGUAAUUAUAUGGCUUUUGUUAGUGUCAUACUUGGCUGCUAAUAUAUCUAUUUCUGAUGCUAAGCCUUGUUCGUUGCUGAUGAAUGAGAUUUUAAAC